AUGUAAAAGAUAUGUUAAAAUAUGGAGAUAAAAAAACCUUUUAAUAAUCUAUUACAGAUAUUAAUAAUUAAAGACAGGCUUUAUUAAAAAAAGUCUAAAAUAUAGAAAAUGAUGGAGAUUAUUCUUCUGAUGGUUAUUAAAAUUUAGAUGACAAUGAAGUAUUUAUUAUAAUUAUAAAAAUAAAUUAUAUUUUUAAAUUAAAAAAUAAAAAUAUAUUUAAUGAUAUUUUGA